AUGGCCCUGGCGGACAGCGCCCGCGGGCUGCCCAACGGCGGCGGCGUGUCGCCGGCGGCGGGGAGCGGGGCGACGGCGGCGGCGGGCGGCUGGUCGGCCUUUCCCGAGAUCGUGGAGCUGAACGUGGGCGGGCAGGUGUACGUGACGCGGCGCUGCACCGUCGUCUCGGUGCGAGACUCGCUGCUCUGGCGCAUGUUCUCGCAGCAGCAGCCCAGCGAACUGCCCCGGGACAGCAAGGGCCGUUUCUUCCUCGACCGCGACGGCUUCCUCUUCCGCUACAUCCUGGACUACCUGCGGGACCUGCAGCUGGUGCUGCCCGAGCACUUCCCCGAACGCAGCCGUCUGCAGCGCGAAGCCGAGUACUUCCAGCUGCCCGACCUGGCGCGCCGCCUGGCGCAGGCUCGGGCCGCCACCGCCGCCGCCCGCCCCGCCGCGCUGCACCGCGACGGCUCGCUGUGCGCCGACGAACCGCCGCUGCUCGGCUGCUUGGAGGCAGAGCCCGCGGAAGGAGGCGCCGCGGCGGCGUCCGCGCCGUCGCCCACCGCCAGCCGCAGCCCCUCGGGCGGGCCGCUGCUGACGCCCUCGCAGUCACUGGACGGGGCGGGCGGGCGGCGCUCCGGCUACAUCACCAUCGGCUACCGCGGCUCCUACACCAUCGGGCGGGAGGCGCAGGCCGACGCCAAGUUCCGGCGGGUGGCGCGCAUCACCGUGUGCGGCAAGACCGCGCUGGCCAAGGAGGUUUUCGGGGAAACGCUGAACGAGAGCCGCGACCCCGAUCGCCCCCCCGAGCGCUAUACCGCCCGCUACUACCUCAAGUUCAACUUCCUCGAGCAAGCCUUCGACCGUCUUUCCGAGGCCGGCUUCCGCAUGGCCGCCUGCUCCUCCACCGGCACCUGCGCCUUCGGCCCCGAGCAGGGCGGUCCCGCCGAGGACAAGAUUUGGACCAGCUACACCGAGUACGUCUUCUGCAGAGACUGA